AUGUUUUCCUUCCAGAGGACGGCUAUCAUCGAGACUAAACAACUCGAGGGGACCAAAGAGGCACAGGAAUUGGCCACCCAGGAUAAUCAUGGCAAGAGACCCCAGCAUAUCCAGAAAAUUAUCGACCAGGCCGACGAUGCAAUGAACCUGACACCAUCGGGAGAACGGUUGAUCGAUAUGGUGAGACACCUCGAAGUGGAUGAAGAUCCAACCCAAGAAAUAGAUGUUACGGAACAAGAGAUUGAAAGUGAUCCAAGAGAGAUGCCCGAAGCCUAG